AUGUCACAAGCAGCAAAAAACGUAGUAGUGAAGCUAAUAGUAGGAGCGGGUCAAGCAGCACCAUCACCUCCUGUGGGACCUGCAUUGGGUUCUAAAGGUAUCAAAGCCAUUGACUUUUGUAAAGAAUUUAAUGCAAGAUCGGCAAAUUAUCAACCAGGUGUACCGGUUCCAGUAUUGAUCACAAUAAAACCAGAUCGAACAUUUACAUUUGAAAUGAAAUCCCCACCAACCGGAUAUUUGUUAUUGAAAGCUCUUAAAAUGGAGAAGGGACAUGGUCAACCAAAUGUGGGCGCAAUGCUAACUGGUGUACCUGCCAAGGGAACAACUCGUAUUUUGGGCGAAUUAUCAUUAAAGCACGUUUACGAAAUAGCUAAAAUAAAAAAAAGUGAUGAAAGACAUAGUUUGUUAGAGAUGGAAGGUAUCGUCAAGUCGAUAGUUGGAGUUGCGAAAAGUAUGGGUAUAAAGGUUGUGCCUUGA